AGAAAUAUAUCACACUAAAAGUUGCAUCAUUCGAGGUCCGGAACAAAAGUGCUCAAUUUGUUUUUUUUAUAAUUUAAAAGAAAACAAAUUUUCUUUGUAAAAUGUCUGAUUUCGAAGAUUCGUCUGAUUAUCAUGAUUCUUUAAACUCUGAUAAUGAUUUUGAUUGGGGUCAUUAUAUUUAUAGUAGCCCUUUUUGCAAUUAUGAUUCUGAAAACAAUCACGAAUCAUCUGAUGAUUUGGAAACAAUUUUUAAUGAUGACGACAACAACAAUGAUGAAGAACAAGAAGAAGACCAUUACGGUUAUGGUGAUUCAGAUGAAUCAACUGAUGAAUCAACUGAAAUCGAUGACAAUGUUGAACAAAAUUCAAGUGAAGUAGAACAAGAAGAUACUUUUUUUUACGCUGUUGAUGACGAUGAUGAUGAUAAUCAGAGUGAUGGAAUGGAUGCAUCACGGAUGCAUCAUUUUUCUUUUUCUUCAAUUGAUAAUUCCAAUCAAUCAUCAAAUAUCGUUAAUAAUCAUGGAUCUAAUAAUGUUAUUAAUGAGGAUUCUUCUAAAAAUCAACAAACACAAACAGAUAUCAAAUAUUUGCCUGUGAAGAAUACGUGUUCAAUUUGUUUGGAAAAAUUUCGUCAGAAUCAACAGAAUGAUAAUAAUGAACAUGAUAUUGUAUGUUUACCUUGUGGUCAUAUUUUUGGUAAAAAAUGUAUUGAACAAUGGUUAGAUGAUUCAAGAUCGACUAAAUAUUGUCCAAUUUGUCGUACUCGUGCCAAUCUGGGUGAUAUUAUUAAAAUUUAUCUUGAAUUAAUCAAUACAACCAAUACAACAAUGGAAGAAAAUUCUACUUUGGAAACUGAAUUCUGGAAAGCCAAAGCCAAAGAUUUGACUUGGGAAAAUUUGCAACUACAAAUGAAACUACAUUUGGCUGAAUCUAAUAAUAAAUAAAUGGAAAAAAGCUUUGUUUUCAUCAAUCAUCAUCAUUUUUAAUUUAUAUCUUCUGAUGUUUAUAAUUCGUGAUUUGUAAAAAAAAAAUAUGCAAAAAAUAAAAAUUUUUCCAAAAAUUA